AUGGCUCUUUUGCUUGAUUCCAACCCAAAUCCAACCAACUUCUACGCCCGACUCAUCCACGACCAACGUUUUGCUUCUAUCCCGAGCCUUCAGCUAGAGUCGGGCGAAACACUCUCGAGGUGUCCCGUCGCGUACAAAACUUGGGGAAAGCUCAAUGAAGACGGUAACAAUGUUCUGGUCAUAUGCCACGCUUUAACAGGGAGCAGUGAUGUUGGCGACUGGUGGAAACCUCUUAUCGGACCUGGAAAGGCCUUUGAUCCCCGACAUUUCUUCAUCUUUUGCGGCAACGUUCUAGGCUCUCCGUAUGGCAGUGCAUCGCCAUUGUCCAUCAACCCCGACACUGGUCGACACUACGCGAGCGAGUUUCCCCAGACAACCGUCAGAGAUGAUGUCAAGGCUCACAAGCUGGUGCUUGACGCCCUCGGUGUCAAGUCGGUUGCUGCCGUCAUCGGCGGCUCAAUGGGCGGGAUGACGACUCUGGAGUGGCCUCUUUGCACGCCCUCUGGAUUUGUCCGCAACAUCAUCCCCAUCGCCACAGCUGCCGACCACUCUGCUUGGGGCAUAUCCUGGGCCGAGACUCAGCGACAGUGCAUCUACUCGGACCCCAAGUUCGACGGCGGGUACUAUGAGCCGACGCCAGAGGGCCAGCCUUCAGCGGGACUGGCUGCUGCGCGCAUGAUUGCCAUGCUGACGUAUCGUUCUUGCACAAGCUUCGACAGCCGCUUCGGAAGAAACCCAUCGCGCAGUUUGGCCAAAUCUCAGGAACCACCUUUGGACCUGCCGAGAACAGACGUCCCGGCGAUAUCAACAGAAAACCAUGGCAGAAACACGGUUGCGCAACGGGGGAAGGACCCUUCCUUCUCAGCCCAGGGAUACUUGCAUUAUCAGGGAGAGAAGUUCAUCAGGCGAUUCGAUGCCAACUGCUAUCUACAUAUCACCAACAAGAUGGACAGCCACGACGUUGCCCACGGCCGAGCACGGAGAUCCGACGAUGCCGGCCUGGCAGAGGUAUUAUCCGGCAUGCCUCCAGGGGCACUCGUCAUCGGCGUCGAGACGGACGCGCUGUUUCUGCCAGAGCAACAGAAGCGCCUCGCCGCACACCUUCCGGGUGCAUCGUUGUCUGUGCUGAAAUCCUCGGACGGGCACGACGGCUUCCUGCUCGAGUUUGAGCAGCUCGAUGCCCUGAUCCAGUCCCAUCUGCGGUCCCGGUUGCCAGAACUGUACGCCGUGACAUACCAGCCAGGAGACUCUCGAGACGAAGACACGACGACGGGCGGGGCGGACGGUAGCCUUACGGGGGAGCUUGAACACUGGUAG